GUCAACCCUCGAUUAAUUUAUUAUAAGCCUGUAAGUGCCUGUAAAAUGUUACUCGCCCUUAAGUCAGUACCCUAUUGCCUCUGAGAUUUUGUAAAUUUACCAUUGUUUUCUUAUUUCUUUCUACCAUAGGUAUAACUAAAAGCUACAGUUUUGGAAGCAGUCUGGAGAGAUGGAAACAAAAAUAUUAUUGUUGUGUCUUCAUUGGUGUUUUAUAGAAUUGGUAAUGGCAAGGUUAGACCUGGACCUAAACUCUCAAACAUGUGGGAACAGUUACAAUCUAGAGGAUGUAGGGGAAGUACAUGUCACCUACAAUGCAGAGCUAAUUGAUCAAUUUGAAUGCUCAGUAAAGUUAAUAAACUGGGCAUCAUUCACAAAACAGACCUGUGUCAAGCCAUUGAAUUUCAAGCUGAACUGUAAUACAAUUGUGGAAUACCGCAGACACUUGCUUUCCAAAUAUUUAACUCCAGAGAAAAGGUACACAUGUCACAACGCAUCUGUUGAAGAGUGGUGUGGUCCUAAGAGAACAGCUUACUUCUUUCUUUUGUUUAAGCGACAGAGUUGGGUUGAGUCAACUAAACAAUCAAUUGUUAUAAAAGUGUACUUAAGAGAUUUCCCAGGGGAAGGUACAAACAGAGUUAUAAAUAGCUCAUCAUCAGGUACAACUGUUGCUGUUGCAAUGUCAGUUAGCGUUGUGUUCAUUGUCAUAAUCUUGAUAAUAACUUGUGGAAUAAUCCGUCGAAGGAGAAUGGAGAAUUCAUUCCCAAGAUCUCCAUAUAUGUAUCAGACUGGUAGCAGUCAAAUUGUACAAGGAAAUGCUGCUGCAGGUCAGCAUUUGUCUAGUUACCAUCCACAACAGCAACCAGUUGGUUACCAAGGUCCACCUCAGGCAGGUUACCAACCUCCACAGCAAGCCCCAUUCCAGCCAGGAUUGCCAGGAAAUUACCAGAUACAUGAUAUGCAGAGUGCUUAUCCUGGUGCUUCACGAACCGCUUCUGUUUCUGGGCCAGGAUACCAGCCAGUACCACAGACUGAAACACAUCAUGUAAAUCCUGUCCUUACUGAUGGAAGAUUUCCUGCACCAUCAGCACCAACAAGCUCAAGUGAAGAUCAACCACCAUCAUAUGACAGUGUUGUUAAAUAGUAUAGAUAAGUUUUAAUAAACUGGAAGUAAUU